CUCUCAUGAUCAGAAUUUAUUAAGACGCCGACGAUUGUGAACAAAUUUGUUUGUAUUUGUUUUUGUAAAUGUGUUUGUGUCUAAAAACAUUUUUUAUUUUGUCAUGUUUUUAAGAAGCUGUGUUUUGGAGUGAUGGAGUUCAUUUGUGUGACUCUGAUGAUUAUUAUUGGAAUCACAGAUUCAACAGCAGAUCAGUUUGCUGUUGUUGGACCUGUAGCUCCUCUCUUCAUUGUAUCUGGUGAAGAUGUGAUUCUGCCCUGUUCUCUCAAACCCAACAUCAGUGCUGUAAACAUGAGAGUCGAGUGGUCUAGACUUGAUCUCAAAGACUCAAUAGUCCAUCGGUAUGAAGAUCAUGAAGAUAAAAACACAAAUCAGCUUCAGUCGUACAGAGGAAGAACUGAAGUGUUUAAAGAUGAACUACAGAAAGGAAACACAUCACUUAAACUCUUAGGAGUUCAGAUCUCUGAUGAAGGACUUUAUAAGUGUUUUAUUCAGUCCAAAUCCUGGAGUGAUGACAUCACUGUUGAUCUCAGAGUUGAAGCUGUAGGAAGUCUUCCACUCAUUACUGUAGAUGGAUUUGAUGUUUCUGGUGGUCUUCAUCUUCAGUGUGAAUCUAAAGGUUGGAAUCCUGAACCUGAUCUUGUGUGGCUGGACAGUGAAGGAGUCACUUUGACAUCUGAAACUACAGACACACAGAGAGAGACAGAUGGAUUCAGAGUGAAACACAUGAUCACUGUAUAUAACAGAGACAGUAAAUAUCACUGUAGAGUCAAACUGAGACAUCACAUGAUGGAGACUGAGAUUAUUAUAUCAAGUAAAAUGUUUAACUCUUGGAGGUCAUCAGUGAUCUUGAUUUCUGUUGGAUCUGUGCUCGGUGUGAUCGGUGUGAUCUGUGGAUUACUGAUCGCUGUGUUCGUCUAUAGACACAGAGAGAACCGGGGUUACGAAAGUGUCCUAUUGUUCUCUUUCAUCAUCUCGUGUUCGAGAUCCACCUAUGGGAGAGACAUGGACAGCUCCCCGAUUGCCCAACACACUCACAGUGAGAGCCAAGAGCAGAGCUACCUUAAAAGACAGCAGCUUCAAGGAAAUAACACCCAGGGGCUCAAAGGGGUAUUGAGACAGGGCGUCCAGCAUCAUGGAGAGGUCCCAUUCAGGGACAGACUUCCUGAUGACUGGCAAAGAGCGAUGGGCACCCUUCAUAAAUCUGCAGAUUAA